AUACCAUUGCUUCACUAUCAUUCUGUGUAUUUGCUUUCCACUACCUGAGCGGGUACUUCACCCCCAUCAUUUCAGAUUCUCCUCAAGCUCUUUUGAUAUCCCAGCGGCCUAUUUCUGCUGCGAAGUCUCGAAGUGUAUGGUAGAUCAAGAACAAAGUAGCAACAAUGGCGCAGAUCCACGAUCAGUCCCGGAAUGAUGCACUCCAACGACUAAACCAAACUCUUCUACAAAUCGAUCCAUAUAUCCUGCCACCAUAUCCAAACCUCUCAAUUGUUGCUGGACCCCUCGAUCCUCCACUCCUACAAUUGACACUUUCGCAACUCCUUUCUCAACAAACCGAACGCUAUGCCGAUAACGAGGCUAUUGUGAUACCAUGGACGGGCGCACGGUGGACAUACAAGAGGCUCUGGGAAGAAUCAAGCUUGCUUGCACGAGCCUUGUUGAAAUAUGGUGUACGUCCGAGAGACAGGAUAGGCAUCAUGAGCGGAAACUGUGAGAAGUACAUUGCCGUCUUCUUUGCAUGUGUGCGACUUGGUGCGAUAUGCGUCACGCUCAACAACACGUACACGGCUACAGAGAUGGAAUAUGCCUUGAAGCACACAAGAUGUAGCGUACUAUUCACCACGCCGACGAUCGCACGCUUCGAUAACCGACCCCUUCUUGAACGAUUAAAGGACGAGGAGCUGCACACAGUUUUGCCAGAUCUGAAGACAGUUUGUCUUAUUCGUGGUGAUGACGAUAGUUUCAUCAAGUAUGACGAGCUGCUUCACGAGGCAGAGAGUAUACCAUCACACAUCUUAGACAUCUUCGACGGCAUUGUCAGUCCUCACGACGUUGCCAACCUUCAGUUCACAAGUGGCAGCACGGGCAACCCUAAAGCUGCCAUGUUGACACACCAUAACCUUGUUAAUAACUCGCGCUUCAUCGGAGAUCGAAUGGAGCUGACAGAGAAAGACGUGCUCUGCUGCCCACCACCGCUCUUCCACUGCUUCGGUCUUACACUUGGCUUACUUGCGACCCUAACACAUGGUGGUAAGAUCGUCUUUCCCGAGGAGUCGUUCGAUCCCGUUGCAUGCUCAAAGGCUAUUUCUGACGAGCGCUGCACUGCACUCCAUGGCGUGCCGGCUAUGAUGGAGUCCAUCAUCGACGUUGAGAAGGAUGAAGGCUGGUCUUCACAGCUUCGUACUGGCAUCGUGGCAGGCAGUCCUGUACCUCGUUGGCUGAUGGAACGCAUGGUCAAUGAACUGGGCAUGACCGACUUCACAUCGAGCUAUGGCCUGACUGAAGCUUCCCCCACCGUAUUCAACGCACACACAACCGACUCCCUGCACGCACGACUGACCAGUGUCGGGACCGUGCUGCCUCAUGCUCGCGUGAAGAUCGUAGAUCAUGAGGACAGGGUUUUGCCCAUCGGGUAUCGCGGCGAGCUCUGCAUCGCAGGAUACCAGCUUUGCAGGGGCUACUGGGAGAACCCAGAGAAAACAGCCGAGCUGCUGGUGCGAGACGAGCACGGCGAGCUGUGGCUACACACUGGUGAUGAAGCAGUACUCGAUGUUGAUGGGUAUUGUACCAUCACAGGUCGGUUCAAGGACAUCAUCAUCCGAGGUGGUGAAAACAUCUACCCUCUCGAGAUUGAGGAGCGUCUUGUGCAGCAUCCAUCCGUUGCACGUGCCAUCGUUGUCGGCGUGUCACACCCCCGCUACGUCGAGGUACCGACUGCCUUCCUCCUACACGAAGAAGGCACCGAGAAGCCCGACCUUGCCAAUGUGCAGGCUUGGGUGAGGCAAGUGUUAGGCCGACACAAGGCGCCGGUCCAUGUGUUCUGGCUCGGUGAGGACUGUGACGGCGAAGUGCCUUUGACAGGCAGUGGAAAGAUCAAAAAGUUCGUACUGAGGGACGUUGCCGAGGGCUUGUUGGCUAAGAAGUGAGGGCUGGUCAUG